UAUUCAAAGCAGUGAUGUGUUUAACUAAGAUUUGUUCCUCAGAGCUGCAGGUGCUAAAUAAAAGAAUCAGAAGGGAUGCACCUGGGGCACGCAUUUGAAUCCGCUCAUCAUUAUUCAUCUUUCUUUGCACAAAUAUUGCACCCUGUGGUUGCAUCCCAUUUUUUAGGGAAUUCUCUCCAACCUUUUUUAUUUUUUAUUUUUUUGAGUCUCAACAAUUUAUGACCUUCUGCCCUGCGUCGCUCUUACUUCCUCCACAUGUCAUGUUGGAGUGUUGCCAGCAGAGGGCACCACCGCUUUUAAACUUACUGUCAUACACAAGAAGCUACCUCUUUUAAACCUUGAUUUUUUGAUUUGUUUUGAUGUUAUCUCCCAAGCAGAUCAGACAAAAAGAUGCAAAUUGCUUUACAUCAUUGAAUAUUCCUUCUGCAUGUAGCUUCUCAGCUUGAUAAGGUGUCUUAAAGCAGGUCACAGCAAUUGAUAUUUAAGAUAUCUGUUUUAACUCUGUCUUUGAAAGACAUUUGGGAAAUGUUAUUGCACCGAGUGGCAGUGAAGUAGCUUUGAAAGACAUCUGGGGACUGUUAAUCCACUGAGAAACACUGAAAUUCAUUAAACAUCAAAGCAACUGACAACUUUUUUGUGAAGAAGAAUUGUAUCUGUGCAGAUCUGUGUUUAACUAUCUCUAAAUAAAAUCCGAAGCAGAAUCUUGCCUCCAGCUAGAGGCAUGUUGUCUGUCUUGUAAAUACUUUUCACUUAUGCAUUGUGGGACAUCAUGUGGGUCACAGUUACUUAUCCAAGAGGACACUGGCCCAUUUUUAAAGACAGUCUUGCAAAAGUCACAUGGCUUGGAUAGAGGCUUGAGGAUAGCAAUGCCUCACCAUCAGCCACCAACCACGAGAUCACAGGGAAGACCAGAAACAGGGGGAAUUCAACAAAGAAGAUUUCUGAAGCAGUAAGUGACUCAUGGACUAACAUGGAUAAUCUGCUCAUUAGCGAUGCUCUAUCAUUUGUAAGGCCUUUUUUCAAACAUUGCGUGGUGACUUGCAUAAACCCAAGAUUAGACGGCUUGAUCAUUAAGAUACUAAAUGUUAAUGAUGUUCUUUGUUUAAAUAGUGAUCUUGUUACGUCAAGCAUUGCAUCAACAAGUGUUUGUUUUUUCUUUGAGCCCGCCCACCCUUCUGUCUCUUUCCAUAUCCCUCUCUCUGUACUGGAUGUUCAGCCCUUGUGCUCAGUAACUCUUUUGUUCACAAAAGCAUCCCUCACAUAACUACAUGCCUGACUGGAGACAGUACCCACUAGCACCUAGUUUAUAUCAAGACAGAGAGUGUUUACUUCCUAAGCAGCAAGGACUGAGGAGAUUCGGAAGCAAGUGAAAAAGGAUGGUUUGUCAGUAUCUGAUUGAUAACAAAGAUGACCUCGAGUAUUGUUGUAGCUACUAAUUCCCUGACGUGCACUUCUGGCAUGCCUCAUGCUGCCCACCUACGAAGAGCUCCGGCCUGGAGGAGAUCGGGAGAUGAGUCCUACUGGGAGAGCUUAAUAUCAGACGGGGAGGUUUUGCCCCGUGUCUCUCGCCCCCCACAUGCACCUCGGCCCCAGAGUGCCAUUGAAGGAGGCCAGCUGGACAGCUGGCUAGAGCACCUGCAGAGGAUGCAGAGCAACGUGCUCAGAGCCCCAGUUCAUCAGGUUCCAGCUUUCAGUGAUCGGACAACAUCCAUGCCUGCUCUUGACAAGCCAACCGGACGUGCCUGGAGACAGCCCGGGAUCCCUUCCUUCAGCAGGGGUUCGUCCUCAUGUGGGAGUCCCAGCUUGUGUGAGAGUUCACUGGGCAGCCAGGACUCCAUCCAAACUGGGUUUGUUUCUCCUCCAGAGUGCAGAGGAAGCUGGGAGAGGGCUCAUAUCAUGCAGGCCCCAAGGAAGGAGCACGUUCAACUGUGUUCUCUUGCUCCAGUCAAAAUUGGGUGGCUGCCUAUCCAAAGAAAAGUGAUUGUGGCUGAUUCUUGCAACCAAAACCAGUUUUUGGACCACUCUGCUGGCCAGGUGAAACUGAAACAGUCCAUCACUCCAACAUUUCAGAAGAAUAGAGCAACAGCCAAUAGCAACCAGGAUGGAGAGGUUGACAGAAGUUAUGCUGGUCCGAGCGCUUUGGGUGUGAAGACGUGGCAGACACCAGAUCAAGGCUCUCUAAUUAUUAAAAAGACUCCUACACAUUCUGACUCCUCAUUUACAGUGCCAGAAAAACUAAGCUUUCCUGCAAACGAAGGGGACAGACCAGUAGGCUGGCAAGCUCUAAGGAGAGGCUGGAUUACCAACAGGGUGUCAGCUUUCCCUGGAGGCAGUCAGACCAAUGAGCUCCCCACAGAGACCAGCUUAGUCCCCAACAGGAAGCCCCCUCUGAUGAAAACAGCCAGCACAGAGCCCCUCAAGCAUACUUUUGCUGAUCCCUGCAAACCACACACUCUACUGCAAGGGACAAACAGCACAGAGACACACAAGUCGUAUUCUCCUUUGUAUAGGACAAGCAAUGUUCAGCCUAUAAGGGCAACAGCCGCGCUAUGUAGAACAAACAGUAGUUCACAGCCCUCACACAUACAGACAAGCUCUGCUGUGACUACAAUCAUUCCUCAGAACAAAGCCGGCUUCUCCUCCAUCACCAUCUCCUCCAAGAAAGUGAGCAGAUCGGCCAGUUUGCCUGGCUCCCACACCUGCAACCACUCUUCCCAGUCCAGCAAAGUCGCUUCUACGCAACUAUCCCACCAGUCCGUGGACCCAAACUCCACUCAGGUCACAGUGCAGAGGAAAGCCAUGAUAGUCAAAGUGACAGAACAAAGCAUGGUGUCCAGCCCUGUCCUCAGCACAAAAAGGGCGGGAACCCCACCAGCUAGCCAUGCUUUGGACACAGUGGUCCACAGAAGAAAGGCUACCAUCAUCAAAGUGACAGAGCACAGGGAGAGCUACAGUCCAGCCAGGGUCGGAUCUGAGACGAGGCACCCAGAGUACAGACACAGCUACACAGAGGGAGUGUACAAGGAAAACAGCAUGUGGAGUCAGGGAAACCAUUCACAACACAAUGCAGCAUCUUCAUAUCACCAUCUGGAAUCCACAAAGAGGUCAAACUCUGCUGUAGCACCAAAUACAUCCAUUCCAGAUCCAGAGAGAAACAGUGGAACACUACACAGGUCCACAAUGACACUUUUUGUGAGCACCUCCCCUACAGCAGCACCCACUCCCUCAGAGGUUUCUCCAAAGGCUGUUGGACAGAGAUCGGACAGGCCGCACAGACCGCUGAGCUGCUAUGGCAAUGUGUUUGGACACACUGAGCAAAGCAAGGAGAAUGUGACACAACCAUCUGCCAGGAAAUUGAGCUUUGGGCUUCCACAAGAGACCAAUAUCAACCCUAUGAACUCCAACAGUAGUUUCAUCAGCCCUCGACCAGCAGUGAAAAAAGCAGGUCAGCAAGUGGUAGACACCCUUAUGCCGAACGGAGGCGGGAAAGAAAGACUGCCGCCAGAGAAUGCUGUGAGGAGAGCGUCUUCCUGUCUAACUCUGAUCAAGGCCCCGGAUCCCCACUCACAUCAGUCUCCAGAAGAAGUGCUAGCCCUCAACGCAGCUGCGAUCAUAGCAAAUAUCAAACUCCAAAGACAACUUAGCAAGAAAAAAACAACAAAUGGCAAUUCUGAGAAGCACUCCACUGCAUCACCCCAGGGAAAUACUGUGAGAGAUGAGGGGAAAUGUAUGAAGCCACAUCCAGAUCAAAGCCCAGUCCAGCACCACAACCAGCCUCAUGCUACAUUUGUUCCAAUGAGUCUUGACCCUGAAAGGUCACCUGAAACUAUUUCUCUACAGGAAGCACUGCAGAGGUCCAGACCAGACUUCAUCAGUCGUUCCCAGGGCAGAUUGCAAGAGCUUGAGCGAAGGGCACAGGAGAGGAGGGAGCUGGCGGAUUCAGUAGACCCACAGUCGGAUGCUGCUCAGAUGAGAGCCCACAGGGCCCGAUCCACCGCUCUAAGCGAUAACCUUUUCAAAUCCAGAGAUAGAGCCAUUACUGGGAAAGAGAUGCAGCUCAAAUCUAAGCGUACCCUUGCAGCGGUGAAGAAGCAAAAAGAGGAAAAGAAGAAGAUGGAGGUGUGUUUGAGCAACAGACAGCGAGUUGAACUCUUCAAAAAGAAACUGUUGGAUCAGAUUCUUCACAAGAGUAACAUCUGAAUGACUGACAAAAGUGAACUCUGCCCUUUGACAGUGCUGAAUAUAAAUUAAAAUAACAAUGUUGAUCAUGAUUUAA